CCAGAUGGAGACCUAUGAUUGCACAUUUGCAAUUUUUUCUCUCUCUCUCUCUCUCUCUCUCUCUCUCUCACUCUGUUUUUACUUCUUCUUCUUCUUCUUCUUCUUCUAAUUAACCGACAAGAGUCCAGCUAUCUCUCUCCCCUUUAAAUUCACACAUUAAACUUUGUUGCACCCCAAAAGUGAAGUAAAGAGAACCCUUUCGGUUUUGUUUUGUUUUGUUUUGCCUUGUCAUGCAUUCACUUUGUUGCACCCCAAAAGACAGGUAUAGAGAAGCAAGAGUCUCUCUUGUCACGCUUCAUUAAGCUCACUCUCUGGUCUGCCCGCGCACUUUCCUCUCGCUCUCUCUUGGUGGUCCAUAUAUUCCAAACAGAGGAACGACUUCUUUGGAAUACUGAUAUAUUUUGGUUUAUUUAAGGGAAAGAAGACAACGGAGAGACACAAGUCAAAAAUGGAUUGGAAUGGCGCCUUACGUACCUUUGUUUCUCGACGAGAACCUUCUCUUAACUUCCUCUAUAACUAUAACUAUGAUCAAUAUCCAGGUAUGGAGAUGAAGCAUCCAGGGUUAGCAGAGGCGGCUCAUGGGUUGAUUCCAGGCUUAGACAAGAACAGCUACAACAAUCAAGAGAAGAAGAAGCGUUUGACAAGUGAUCAGUUAGACUCCUUGGAGAGGAGUUUCCAGGAAGAUAUCAAGUUGGACCCUGAUAGGAAAAUGAAGCUUUCCAGGGAGCUUGGACUCCAACCAAGGCAAAUUGCUGUCUGGUUCCAAAACAGGCGAGCUAGAUGGAAAGCUAAGCAGCUUGAGCGCUUAUAUGAUGCGCUUAAACAGGAGUAUGAUGUUAUCUCCAGGGAGAAGCAGAAGCUUCAAGAUGAGGUCAUGAAAUUGAAAGGUAUGCUAAGGGAACAAGCGACAAGAAACCAAGUCUCCACAGGUUACACGGAAAUCUCCGGGGAAGAGACCGUCGAAAGCACCUCAAUUCGCAGCUCUAACAAGCAAAGGGUAGUAGCAAACCACCAUCAUCCGAUCGCUGAAUGCAACUAUCUUUUCAAUGUGGACGAGUAUAACCCAGUAUCAUCUCCCUACUGGGGUGCGCAACUGCCUUCUUAUCCCUAAUAAGUCACUUUAACUUGAUUAGACUUAGUAAAUUUAGCUUAGUCGGCUUAUAAUUUAGAAAUUCAGUUUAGCAAGUUUUACAAGUUACUCCAUCUUACAUCAGCUAGCUUAUAUAAUUAGUUUUAGUAAGAUGAGGGAGAUGUAGUGAUCUAAUGGUUGAAGACUUUGUUGGAGAAUUGACAUAACAUCAAUGAGUAAUAUAUAUGAACUAAAAUGUUUAAAAAGCCAAAAAGGCUGCAGAGUAUUGGAUCAAGAGCUUGAAAUACUUUUGCAUGAAUAAGGCUGAGUUUUCUUAUUGUUUUCUCGUUUCUGGUGCUAUGUCUGGAAAUCUGGAUACUUUAGAGAGAAAAAUGUCUCCAACAUAAAAUGACUGCGGAUAAA